UUUAUGAGCUCUGUGUAUAUAUAGAGACACACAAGCACAUUAGGCGCAGCCUCAAGCUAUUGUUGGGUUGAGGGUUUUCAAAUCUCCAUCGAUCAAGCUGGUUAGAGAUGGCAGGGACGGCAAAACUAGCAGCUCUAGUUCUAUUGAUUUUCUCCCUAGGCAUGGCCAUGCCACUCGUGCACAGCAACCUUGAAGACCCAAAAGAAGUUGAUAAAUGGCUCCAAAAAUUCCAAUAUGCCAAAGAAAAGGUAUCCCGCCUCCAUUUUUACUUUCACGACACCCCAUCAGGUAAAAACCCUAGUGCAGUACGAGUAGCACAGGCACCAAUCACUGAGAAAUCACCCACCUUGUUUGGACUGGUUAACAUUUUUGAUGAUCCACUAACAGAAGGCCCUGAACCCACCUCCAGGCUCGUGGGUCGAGCUCAGGGACUUUAUGGGUCUGCUGGCCAGCAAGAGGUAGGUCUACUUGUGGCCAUGAAUCUUGUUUUCACCACUGGGAGGUUGAAUGCUAGCAGCAUUACCAUUUUGGGCAGAAAUGCAGCGUUGCAACCCCACCGCGAAAUGCCAAUCAUAGGUGGGACUGGUGUUUUCCGGUUGGCUCGUGGAUUUGCGAUAGCAAAGACACACUCUCUGAAUUUUACCUCGGCUAUCGUCGAGUAUAAUGUUGUGGCUAUGCAUUAUUGAGUAACAAUACUAGUACCGGAGGCUCUUCAGAUCAAGAGCAUAAUGUGCAUUUCGUUUUAAACCAAACUGCAAUAUUAUGGUACUGCAAGUAUAUAUUUGAUUCUGUAAACUUUGC